AUGAAUACCAACCAGGCGAGAAAGACCCCUCUCGACCUCGAAGAGAUCCUCAAGAAGAAGAAGGCCGCCGACGCCGCCGCAUCGAAGCUACGAUUCAUACCGAAGAAGGAGAGGGAACGCCAGGCAGCAGAGAAGGCUAAGCAGGAGGAAGAAGAGCGCAAGCGCAAGGCCGAAGAGGACGCGAAAAAGAAGGCCGAACUCGAGAGGAAAUGGGCUGCUGAGGCGAACGGUGCCGCCCAUAACGGAACACAGAAUGGAGCCGGUGGCAGGAUACCCACGGGCCCGAAGGCCAUGCACAGCACGGAGAACGGCCGGGGUCCUGGAGGUCGAGGACGUGAUAAGCAAGAGCAGCGAAAGGCGUCGACAAAGGACGGCAAGGAGAAGAAGUCUGCCGAGGCGAUCGAGGCAGAUCUCUUGCGCAACCGGUACUUGGGCCCCGAGGUCAAUAAGCAAUCAAAUUUCUCGGUGAAGAAGAAGCGGAAGAGGGCGACAGAGUUCAAAUUCGAGUGGGAUGCCGAGGAAGACACCACGCUUGACGACCCCAUCUACGAAUCAAACAGCACGACCCUGAAAUCAUACACAUUCGGCAGCUUGUCCGGCGAAUACAAUGAGGAGGCCGAAGAGAUCGCUCGCCGACGGGCAAGGAUGAUCGAAGAAAGGGACCGCGAGUUCGGAAAGCAGCGCGCAAAGGAGUUUAUGGAAGAUUUCUACAGAGCACGAGAGAAGGCGAAGGAGCGCGCAGACAGGUCGGGUCUAGGCAAGCACUGGACGAAGAAGGCCCUUUCAGAGAUGCGGGAACGUGACUGGAGAAUCUUCAAGGAAGACUUCGGCAUUGCCACCAAGGGCGGUCAAAUCCCCAACCCGAUGCGCAGCUGGGAAGAAUCGGGCUUGCCGCGACAGCUCUUGAACAUCGUGGACAGAGUUGGCUACAAAGAUCCCUCGCCUAUUCAAAGAGCAGCUAUUCCGAUUGCGCUGCAGGCUAGAGACCUUAUUGGUGUGGCCGUUACAGGUUCCGGUAAAACGGCAGCGUUCCUGCUGCCGCUGCUGACCUACAUCCAGGAUCUGCCGCCCCUGACGGAGAUCAACAAGAACGACGGAGCCUACGCACUCAUUUUGGCGCCCACGCGUGAAUUGGUCCAGCAAAUCGAGACGGAAGCACACAAAUUCGCUGAUCCUCUGGGCUUCAACGUUGUUAGCAUCGUGGGUGGUCACUCUAUGGAGGAGCAGGUACAGGCGCUGUCACACGGCGCCGAGAUCAUCGUAGCAACCCCGGGUCGUCUGGUGGACUGCAUUGAAAGACGCCUCCUCGUCUUGUCACAGUGCUGCUACGUCAUCAUGGAUGAAGCCGAUCGAAUGAUCGAUCUCGGUUUCGAGGAGUCUGUGAAUAAGAUUCUCGACGCUCUGCCCGUAUCGAACGAGAAGCCAGACACGGAUGAUGCAGAAAACGCCCAGAUGAUGCAGAAAUACCUCGGCGCCAGGGACAGAUACAGGCAGACGAUGAUGUACACAGCCACGAUGCCGCCGACUGUCGAAAAGAUUGCGAGAAAGUACCUCCGGCGUCCUGCCAUCGUCACAAUCGGUAACGCUGGCGAGGCCGUCGAGACAGUUGAGCAAAGGGUCGAGUUCGUUUCGGGCGAGGACAAGAAGAAGAAGCGCCUGCAGGAGAUCCUUGGCGCGGGAGACUUUGCCCCGCCCAUCAUCGUAUUCGUCAACAUCAAGCGCAAUUGCGAUGCCGUCGCGCGCGACGUCCAGAGAAUGGGUUAUUCGGCGGUCACGCUCCACGGAAGCAAGACGCAGGAGCAGAGAGAGGCGGCGUUGGCCUCGGUGCGCAACGGGCAGACGCAGGUACUGGUGGCGACGGACUUGGCAGGAAGAGGUAUCGACGUGCCGGACGUCAGUCUCGUCAUCAACUUCAACAUGGCGACCAGCAUCGAGAGCUACACGCAUCGUAUCGGUCGUACGGGUCGUGCGGGCAAGAGCGGUGUCGCCAUCACGUUCCUGGAACAGAGCGACUCGGACCUGUUCUACGACCUCAAGCAGAUGCUCUCCAAGAGUUCCAUCUCUCGAGUGCCCGAGGAGCUUCGGCGGCACGAAGCCGCGCAGCAGAAGCCGCAGCGAGGAGGAGGCGGAGGGCACAACAAGAGGGCAGGGGGUGCAGAGGAGGCGUCAGGCAAGGGGGGCCAGUGGGGCGCCUAA